AUGCGUCGUGAACAUUUCCCGGAUUUUCUGUUCCUCAUGGAGACUAAAAACUCCAGUUCUCACGUUUUGAAUUUACAAAGGUCUUUAGGAUAUGACUAUGCUCAUAUUGUUGAUCCAAUUGGUUUGAGUGGUGGUUUGGCUCUCUUUUGGAAAGCAGCUUAUGAGGUAGAGGUUUUAAGUGCGGAUCAUCGUAUCAUUGAUAUCAAAGUGAAAUUGGGAUCUCUCUCUUUUUUCAUCUCUUGUGUAUAUGGUGACCCCAUUUUUAAUCGAAGACAAGUAGUAUGGGAUAGAUUAAUUGACAUUGGUGUCUCCAGAGAUGCUCCAUGGAUGGUUUUGGGUGAUCUUAAUGAGAUCACGGAUAAUUCAGAAAAGCUAGGUGGACCAGCACGGGCAGAAUCUACUUUCUUUCCUUUCCGGUAUAUGAUAAGUGAUUGUCGCCUACGGGAGGUUCCUAGUCUUGGUAACAAAUAUUCAUGGGCUGGAGAGCGCAACAAGAUGUGGGUUCAAUGCUGUUUAGAUAGAGUGUUGGGUAAUACAGCUUGGUUUCAUCUUUUCCCAAGAGUGCAAGCUGAAUUCCUGGAGCGAAUAGGUUCAGAUCACAGACCGGUUUUCACUAGAUUCACCAAUGAAAACAUGUCUUGGAGAGGACGGUUCAUGUUUGACAAACGUUGGUCUUCUAAACCGGCCUUUAAAGAUGUUGUGAAGGCUGGCUGGUCUCAGGGCGAAGCAGCAGGCCAAGUUUCAUUGAUGAAUAGGCUUGCGAAUUGCAGAAGGCAUAUAUCUCUUUGGAAGAGACGGACUAAUCAAAAUUCCAAAGCUCGCAUUACUGUUUUACGACAGAAGCUGGAUGAUGAGGGUACUAAGUUACAACCGGAUUUUACCUUCAUGAAGUCUUGCCGAUGGGAGUUGGAAGAAGCCUACAGAGAAGAAGAAUUAUUUUGGAAACAAAAAAGCAAGGAAAGAUGGUUACAGGAAGGAGAUCGCAACACUAAGUUCUUCCAUGGCAGUGUUCAAAGAAGGAGAGCUCAAAAUCGUAUUUUUUCUCUCUUAGAUAACCAUGGCAUAGAACAAUUUUCUGAAGGUUCUAAAGGAGAGAUUGCAGUGGAAUAUUUCAGAAAAAUGUUUACAAGUACUAAGCCCUCUACUAUUUCUGAAGCGUUAGAGGGGAUGACGGUGCGAGUUACAGAUUCUAUGAACACGGUUUUGACUCGGCCUGUCUCUGGUGAUGAAGUAAAGAAAGCGGUAUUUAGUAUCAAAGGAGAGAGUACUCCUGGGGCAGAUGGUAUGUCAAGUUUUUUCUAUCAAACUUAUUGGGACACUGUUGGACCUCAAGUCAUUGCUGAAGUUCAAGAGUUUUUUCGAUCUGGUGUUCUUCCUGCUGAAUGGAAUUUCACUCAGAUUUGUCUCCUUCCCAAAAAGCUUAAUCCGUCUUCAAUUCCAGCAGUACUUGUCAAGAAGAAUUCAUUGCCAUUAAAACAGGAGUGGGAUUUCUUAGAAGAACUAAUGAUUCGGCUUGGUUUUGAUAUUAAAUGGGUUCAGUGGAUUAUGAGCUGUGUAAGAUCAGUUUCCUUCUCGGUGCUUAUUAAUGGUUCAUCUCAUGGUUUCAUCAAACCAGAACGGGGUAUUCGUCAAGGUGAUCCGUUAUCUCCCUUUCUCUUUAUUUUAUGUGCUGAGGCUCUUGUGCAUAUAAUGAAUAAAGCAGAGAUGGAAGGGAGAAUUUCUGGCCUGCACAUUACUCCAUCUGCUCCGUCAAUACAACACCUUUUGUUUGCGGACGAUAGCUUGUUUAUUUGUCGAGCUACUUUUCAAGAAUGUUCAGAGUUCCUGAAGUGUUUACAACUCUAUGGAUUAGCUUCAGGGCAAGAGAUAAAUUUUCAGAAAUCUUCUAUUACUUUUGGUAAGAAGCUUGAUCCGAUAAUGAGGCAUUUACUUGGUUCUUACACUGGAAUUACUCAAGUAGGAGGUGCUGGGAAGUAUUUGGGACUACCAGAAUGUUUCAGCGGGUCAAAGAGAGAGUUACUGAAGUACAUUACUGAUCGCCUGAACUCUCGUCUUAGUGGCUGGUUUGAGAAAACUUUAUCCUUAGGUGGUAAAGAGGUGCUUUUAAAAUCGGUUGCAAUGGCACUUCCAGUUUAUGCUAUGUCAUGUUUCAAGUUGACAAAGCAUCAAUGUCAGAAGAUUACUAGUGCCAUGGCCAUGUUUUGGUGGAAUGCCUGUGAGGACAAGAACAAGAUGCAUUGGGUAUCAUGGGAAAAAAUGUGUCAAUCUAAACAGAGAGGAGGUUUAGGCUUUCGCGAUAUUGGCAGAUUUAAUCAAGCUCUUUUGGCGAAACAAGCUUGGCGGUUCUUAGAUGAUCCUAACUCAUUACUGGCCCGAGUCUAUAAAGCAAAAUACUUUUCAUCCUCUUCCUUUUUAGAGGCUAAAAGUGGGUAUCGUCCUUCUUACGCUUGGAGAAGUAUCUUAUUCGAUAAGUGGGUUCUGGAUAAGGAGCCACGGCGACCGCUAAAUAAAGAGCUUUUCCUUAAUGUUUCUCUUAAAGUGGAGUCGCUUAUAAAUGAGCAUGGUGAGUGGAAUGUGCCUCGUCUAGAGGAGCUAUUUUUCCCAUGUGAUGUGGUUAGAAUUAGAUCAUUUCCGCCUCAACCUCGGUUACCUGACAAGGUGAUUUGGGCUUACACUAGAGAUGGCCGGUAUACAGUGAAAAGUGGACACUGGUUUUUGAAUCAUGAAGCAGAGAAGUGUAACAUGCCUCCAGCCAAUGUUCUGUUGUUGAAUAAGACCAAAGAAAGGGUGUGGACAAUCUUAACUGAGCCCAAAAUACGUUUGUUUCUCUGGCGUGCUCUUUCUGGUGCUAUUGCUGUUGCAGAUUGUAUGAGAAGUCAUGGUUUGCAGGUUAGUCUGCUGUGUCCGAUUUGCCAUUGUGAGGAGGAAACAGUUUCACAUGUUCUAUUUGCGUGUACUUUGGCGAAUCGUGUUUGGCAAGCCUCUCUUCUUCCACUUCCAAGGACUGGAUUCUCUUCUUCGGUGAUGGAGAACCUUGAUCAUAUGUUUGAUUUGUUAGGUAACAUUUCAAUUCCAGAACAGAGACGCAAGGCUAUACCAUGGCUACUGUGGGGAAUUUGGAAAAGCCGGAACUCUACUAUCUUCUCUGCUAGAAACAAUGAUCAUAACAUACUUAUUGCCUCAGCUUUGGAAGAUUCUGAGGUUUGGUUUCAUCAACAGAGUGUAAUGAAACAAGACAUUCAAGGCGUUGAGUGUAAGAGCAAUCGUUUGGAUACACGGUGGUUCAAACCUGCUCUUGGUCGACUCAAAUGUAAUCUCAAUGCUUCGUGGGCGACGGAUUCUUUCUUUUGUGGAGGUGCUUGGAUCAUAAGGAAUCAUGAAGGAAAUGCUUUAUUUCACGCAAGGGAUGCUUUCGUUCCGCAUAUCAAUAGAAUCUCGGCUGAGCUUUCCUGCAUUUUGUGGUGCCUUCGGAGUUUAAAAGAUCUUCAUAUAAUGUCUUGUGAAGUUUGGACAGAUUGCAACGCGGUUUUAGCGGCUUUGGAAUCACCAUUGGAAUGGCGGAAGUAUAGAGCUCAGCUUGACAAGAUUAUACAAGUAAAAUGUGGUAUGGGGGAGAUUUCAUUUCACCUGUCAUCUACAAAAGCUAAUUCUUUGGUUAGAGAGAUCGCGAGCAGUGUAACCAGGGAUGGACGCUUAACUUCAUACUUAGCUUUAGGCGGGCCGGCGUGGUUGCAGGAACGACUCAUCUUGGAUAGCCAUUGA